UACUAUGUAUGAAACACAUGUUUUCCGUAAACAAUUUUGAUUCAGCGACGCGUCAUGUACCGGUCCAAAUCAUUAAACAAAUAAAAUGAGAAGAAAAAAUGUGAACCGGUCGCGACCACAUCGCAUGGUCUAUGAAUCCAUUAGGCUUGUACGUGUGCACAGGCCUUGAAUAACUGGACACGAUGUUACCCAACUAGUUGGUUAUGUGUUAUUGUGGGGAGCGAUCGUCUUAGUUUUUAUUCAAUUUAAGCGACUUAACUGUGAUAUCAAAGCAAUCAAAAUGGGAGCGUUACCACAACCACACAUACGACUGGCAGGCAAUAUAGGUUUCCUAUUAGUGCAUGUAAUUAAUACAAUUAUUAUGCAUUUCGCUGUACAAAAAACAUUACAGAGCGAAGAUCAGCAAUUGAAAACCUUCGCCUCGUUUGAAUAUAAAUACAUAACAAUAUGGAAUUUAGCAUUUCAAUUAUUUUUCCUAGGGUUGUCUAUUGUCUGUGACCUAUCAGUUAUAUUGAAGAUUGAUAAAAAGCACAAGAUAAUAAAUCAAAUCAAACGGUACAAGGAGUUUUUCUUUGCCAGUACUCUAUGGCCGACAACCUUGCUGAUCUUCACGAUAUUCUGGCCCAUAUUCAUAUACAACAGAGAGCUCAUAUUCCCAGCGUUCAUCGACAAGGUGCUUACGACUGUAUCAAACCACAUCAUGCACUCCUUCAUAAUCCUGAUAGUGUUGUGGGAGCUGGUGCUUCAGCCCCGAAAACAACCAAAGAAUCACACUUGGAACCUGAUGAAUAUGACUUUCAUAUAUGUACUUUAUUUCAUCGUGAUCUUCCAUCAUUACUACAUGGCGGGGGUGUGGCCAUACCCCAUGGUGAAUUACAUGUAUGGGACCAUAUACUUCCCCAUUUUCAUGGCGUUCAUUGCAGCCUGUCUACUGCCGUGCUGUCUCGCUCUACCAAUAAUACCAUAUCCCUUGCUUAUAAUCGAAUCUAAUAAACACAUGGAAAAUUCGAGAAAACCGGUAAUUAUGCAUACUUUUCUUAUUUGUAACAGCGCAUAUGUAAAUAGUUUUACUACAUGUAACAUUUGUAAAAAGCACUUGGCCAGCGUGGUGGAUUACGGCUUGAACCCCCGUAGGGCUGUGUCACAGCAGUGGGAACAUAUAUGGGCUGAUGAUGAUGAUGAUGAUGAUGAUGAUGAUUUAAUUUCAGAUGGACACUCGCUUUUACUACAUCUGUGUCACAAGAAGUGGAGUCAUUUUGAAGAAAGACAACAACAAAUAUGAAAAGCUAAGCGAUUCUUUGGAAUAGUUAACGUUGUUGUGUUUUGGAAAUAUAUAGUUUCGUUGUGUCUAUUUUAUUGUUUGAAAUGUUGAUUCAAAACU